UCGGCGAUCCAUUCAAGCCAGCAAGUUUGGAGAGCGUGUUGAGUUUAAUCAAUUCAUAACGUCGAGAUGGAGCCGAACUCACUGAAGUGGGUGGGCUCGUCUUGCGGUUUACAUGGACCAUAUAUAUUCUAUAAAGCCUUUAAAUUUCACCGGGACGGUAAACCGAGGAUUCUGUCUCUCGGAGACUUUUUCUUCGUCAGAUGUAAACCGGAGGAUCCUAUUUGCAUAGCGGAGCUUCAGCUGCUCUGGGAAGAAAGAACAAGCAAGCAACUUUUAUCAAGCUCCAAACUUUAUUUUCUACCCGAGGAUACUCCCCAGGGACGGACAGUCACCCAUGGAGAGCACGAGGUAAUUGCAGUUUCUGAGAAGGUGAUUGUGCGCCUGGAGGACUUGGUGAAGUGGACGGUACCAGACUUCACAGGAUGGACCCACUGUCUGAAGGCCGAGCCACUCAAACCCUCUGUGCUCCGGGAGCUGGGGACCAACGGGAGGCGGGAGGCCCUCCAUCGCUACCGGGAGAGCACGCUGACCAGCGGACUCAACUUCAAGGAUGUCCAGCGGGAGAGGGCACAGCUAGGCCAGGAGGAGGAUGGGAGGAAGGUUUUGGUCCUCAGUUACCCCCAGUAUUGCCGUUUCCGCUCAGUUUUGGCGCGGCUAAGAGAGCAGCCGUCCUCUCUGCUCAUAGACCACACGGUGCUCGCGCUGGGCGGCAUCGCUGCGUUGGGCGGUAGCACGAGGAUCCUGUACUGCCGGGACACUUUCGAACAUCCUGCCCUGCUGAAGAACGAAAGCAUAUGUGACGAGUUCGCUCCUAACCUGAAGGGGCGACCUCGGAAGAAGAAACUGUCCAUCUCUCAGAGGAGGGACUCCCAGGGUCAGGCUCAGGGGCAAGGGUCGUCGGGGUCAACCCAGGGGUCAGCAUCCGUGGCAGCACUGGACCCCUGUAGCCCAGACAGCAAAACUACUACCAAGGUCAAACCCAACUGUAAAACGCUACCCAACGGGAAGAUUACCCCGGCAGCCAAACACAAGGCUAACGGCCUCAGCAAGAAGUACUCCGCUGAGGAGAAGGAGAGAGGGAAGGAAAAGGAAAAGGACGAGAGGAACGAGACGGAGGAAAAGAGCGAGGAGGAAACAUCAGAGGAGAACCGAGCGGACGAGCAAGCUUUCCUAGUAGAGCUCUACAAGUACAUGAAAGAGAGAGACACGCCCAUAGAGAGGAUCCCUUUCCUCGGUUUCAAACAGAUCAACCUUUGGACUAUGUAUCAAGCUGCUCAGAAACUAGCAGGAUAUGAGAUGAUCACAAUCCGCAGACAGUGGAAGCAUGUAUAUGAUGAAUUGGGCGGGAACCCCAGCAGCACAAGUGCCGCCACGUGUACACGGAGACAUUAUGAGAGGCUCCUCCUUCCCUAUGAGAGGCACAUUAAAGGCGAGCAUGACAAACCCCUCCCCUUGACCAAACCCAAGAAGCAGGAGGGCGGCCAAGAGAAGGCUUCAGGAGCCAAAGCCAAAGGAGUGGGGGCCAAGAAAUUCAAAGGCCCCAACAAUCCCAAGCUGGGGAGUAAAAAGGACAGAGGGGAGACAGUGAAAGGCCAAGAACAAUCACAGGACUCUAAGGACAAAGAGGAGAAUCAUGAGCUGUCCACAGCUUUAAAACAGGAGGAAUCUCUGGGAGAUGAACCAAUUGUAAUAGAGGAGGAAGAGUUACAUCUUACCCUAAAGAAAGAGGAGUCCUUGGCAGUGGAGCGGCCAUCUUCAAUGUGCCACAAAGAGCCAGACUUCAGAGACCCGCACGCUGGUCUACUCCUCCACACGGGGCCCGGUCCCCAGCCUGAAUGGAAGCAAAUCAGCGAAGCCCUACAAGCAAAACUCUCCUGUGAACAGCAAACUGAAGGGCAUUUCUUUCCUAAAAACCCUUACCUGCCUCACCGUUGGGAUCAGAACAAACCUGCUGGACAUGUUGCUCUGCCCGAGCUCUCCUCCAGGGUAAAAGACUCCAUAGAAAUUCACGGUGGGAGAGUGGGGAAAGUGUUACCAAUGUGUAAGCAGGCAGACAGACAGUGUAUAGACUUGAGCACAGAUACCUAUCCAGAGAAAGAAGACUAUGGGCUUGUUAAGAAGGAGUCGACCCAGAGCCCCACACAGACUGCUGCCUACUGCAAAGCCAGCCAGGGGGUCAUGUCUCCUUUAGCCAAAAAGAAGCUCCUCUCCCAAGUGUGUGAGUCCAACCCUUUCUCCUUUACUUCUCCUUCUCUACAGCCUCCACCUCCCACAGCAACUUCCUCUCUCCCUAUCAUAUCACUUCCUGAAAGGGAGAGGGAGAAGGAGAAGAGGAAGAGUGAGGAGGAGGUUGUAGGACAGAGGCCCGGUUGUGUGUCGGACAAUAUCCCGGAGGUAGCGCCCAUUUUCAGGCCAUCAGUCAUCCAGCAUGCCCAGAGCAGCAAGCCUCACCUACAAGCCACCAGUGGCCCAUCAGAGAGGAGCGCCGCCGGGGAGCUCUCGGAGACUUACAGCUGCCGGACGAGCCAUCACCUCCAACCUCAAGUCAAUGCGCCGUGGCAGCCAUAUCUCCCCCGAAGUCAUGCCCAGGAUGGUGUGGAGAACGCCGGGGAGACGCUACUGAAAGGCCCAGCUGCUCUGCCCCGGAGCUACACAGGUGACUGCUACUCCUCCCCUCACCUCCACAGUCUGUACAGGCAAACUGAGAACUGCCUGAGCCAGGAGAGGAUGGUCGGCUUCCCCAACGGAGAUCGGCGAGAGCGCUACUCCAGGGAACAUGAAGGCAGCCAGGCCUUUGUCUGCGGCCUGGAGCAAGAGGGCUUGGCCUACAGAUCUCACUACAGUGACAGGACUCAAACACACGGAGAGAGGAGAGACGCAGACAAUGAGCCCAGAGACUUUACCAUCGCUAAACCUCUCUCGCAGAGGGUGUCCUCCUUCUCCAAGCCCUCCUUCUGCAGUCUCCCAUAUCCCAUCAUGCACCAGGGUUUGGAUUCUCACCCUAAGGCGUGCAGAGUUCCUCCUAUGACCAUCUCUCCCCCCAAACAGAGCCCAGCGGAGUCCUCGCAGCCGUUUCCCAGCCCAAAAGCUUCGAGUGAUUCGUCCCUCACCAUCUCCAUCCGACCCGCAAGCGAAGCCACUGCAGAACCCGGGAUCGAGGAAGUCCCAGAAAGGAAAGUCCGCGUGGUGACCCCGAUCCACCCUGCCGGCGCAAUCCGACGCAGCGACCCCGAAGAGCUAAAACCAGCUGAGCCGGCCCACGCCGUUCACCUCAACAAUCAUCUCCCUGAGGGCCACCCAUCAACUACCUACCCCCCACACCUCUACACUGCCAUGUACUCACCUGUAAGCCUGGUCUCCCCGGGAGACGGACUCCAUCAGCACCCGGGUCUGCAGUACCUGAAGAGCCAGUCAGCAGUGUCUCCCCUCGUGCCCCCAUUAGCCUUCCACUCCAUGAUGUUCCACAGGCAGCUGCUGACAGCCAGCCCCAGCCCGCACCACUUCUACAGGCACCCGGGCGGGGCAGCGCUGUACGGGGACCUGCUGCACCACCUUUACCCUCUCUCCACCCUCCCGCCACAUCAGCUGUCCUCGGUACACCCCAGCACCAGACUGUGAGGGAGAGAAAUGUAUUUCUCCUUCUCCUCCUCCAUCCUCAGAAACUUUUUCAGCUUCUCUUUGUCUUUAUGUCUCUCUUGCUCGGGGAUUGUGGCUCAGUCGAAAAAAUAAACACUGAUUCUAAAACGUUGGCUGAUUACAGACUGAUGAAGUCAUCAUUCAGGCAGACUGAAAAUUCCAUUUUCUUUUUUUUCUUUGUUUGUGUAUGCAUUUGUUUAUAUACUUUGCACUGUUCUUUAUUUGUAUCACCACUUACUGUAUCUUUUUGUUGUUGUUGUUGUUGUAUCCUUAUUUGCACAAUGCUCAUGUGUAUGUGCUCACAAAUCAGUUUGCCGCUCUCAGUCACCAUGAGUCAGGUUGUUGCUCUGGAUGUGUGAAAAGUGGAGGGCAACAGAGAAAAGCCAUUUGUUUACUGCGUCUGAGGGCUAAACUUUUUUGCUUAAAAACACUACAAGUAACAUGACAACGUAAAUGAAAUUCUUUAUAUAACUAGAGAUGCGUUCACCAUCGCAAACAAUGUUCAGCAGCUGUUUAGUGCAUUAUUACACUUUAGGCAGCCAAUGGUGUUGCAUCUGUUUCCAUGUCUUCACGCUGAAAGCUGUUGCCAGUUUUGCCACAGUAAACCCUCCUUGGCAUAAACAUUAACACUCACUGCGGUGCUGCAUAACAUGAAAUAAUUUUAUCAUCCAGAGGUGCUGUGUGUAACAGAUGUACUGUAGACUCACGUUUUACUCAGUUCAGGUUUAUAUUUGUUAAAUAUUUCAGUCCAGAUCAUAACGACACAAGCAGUUGUCAUGUUCAAUCUGUUGACAAAUUACGAAUGUUUUUUAGUUGGAGUUAAUGAAAAGCCGUUUUCCUUUUUACAAUCUAAAUUGAAUUUCAUUUGAUCCCAACCCCCCCCUUGUGAUGAGUAGACUGUAGCAGCUUGUUUUUGUCGUCUGUAGGACCAGCAUAAUGAAGCAGCCGUCUGCUGUGGAAUGCUCACCACAAGAAAUCAGCAUUUCAUCUUUUUGUUGUUGACUUGAAAAGCUUUUUUAUUUUGUAUUUGUUGAACAGACUCUUUUUUAUCCAACACGCUGAAAAGACUCACUGUUUGAUUUGAUAGGAAUGUUGUCACUUAGGAUAUUAUUGCUUUGCAAAUAUCUGUGCCUUUCGCAGUCUUGGAUUAGAGUUAGCACUACAGUUGUUAAGGUUUAUCUUCUGCAGCAGGGUAGAAAUAUCAACAUUACUGUCACUCGUGUCUGAAAUGCAGUGCACAGGCACUCAUACAAAAACUAUAUGGCACACUUGGCUUUCAGACACCAGACUUGAUAUGUAAGGCACAAAGUGUUUUUAAAAUAGAAAUAGUUAUGCUCUAACCUGAUGGUUAGUAUUUGUGCUGCAUUGACUUUAUUUAGCUGAACUGUGUCAGGCAGUCAAAUAUAGAAGAACCUGAAAAAGAUUUACUGAUAGUCGAUAUUGACACAGGUCUGGUGUCUGUCAUCCGCAGGGCAUGUGUGCUCUAAGGGUUUUCUUAGCAGUGAUGAAAAGGUACCAGACUCCAUAAAGUAUGCCGACCAUGCUCAACCGCCUGGAGGUGGAAAGACAACACCUUCUCUGGCUUUUACAACCACUAUAAUUGCAAUCCAGGAUGGUCGAAAUACACAGUCAAACAUGUCUGGUGUUUCAAAAGAAGAAGAAGAAGAAGAAGAAGAAGAAGAAGAAGAAGAAGAAGAAGAAGAAGAAGUAGCUGUAAACGUCUGUGUAAAGUUUUACUGAAUACUUAAGAUAAAGACAUUCAUUUCCGAUUAAGUACUGUACAUUGCUGUGUGUAGGUGAAACUGGCAUUAGUGCCGGCUCCUGUACAGAACAUUCACAUGGGAUCAAUUCACGACAAGCCCUCUCGUCUUAUUUUCUGUGUAAAUAGCACUGUAGAUAGUACCGCGUUGUUGUUAUCAUAUAAACUGUUGUAAUCUGUAAAUAGUAUAAAAACAGUAUAAAAGUCGGUUACACAAUCUAGCUGUGUCCUUGUUUGCUCUAUUUCAAGGUCACCGUGAUCAUGUUAGAUUUAAACAAACACUACAAUUUAAGAAUUAGGAUACUCUUAUUUGUUGUCGUUUCACUUUUUUUUUUUUUUUUUCUCACGUUGUUUCCAUUUCUGUGCAUCCUGAAAGUGUUUUUGAUACAGUAGCCAUCUGUUUACCAAUCGACCGGCUGGUGAGCAAGACAAAAAAAUAAAGACAUUUUGUAUAUGACCUCCUGUAUAUUUAAUUAAAAUAUUUUACUAUCUA